CCGUCUGCCCCCGGCCAUCCCGCGCCUCCGGCGGGGCCCGGCGCCAGCGCGGACCAUGCGGACGCUCGAGUCGGCCAUGAGCUCGCCGACCCGCACGGGCAGCGACAGCAGCGACGACGAGAGGCCCCACGGCUUCGGGCUGCACAGGAUCGCCCUGGUCGGGCUGGUCGCGGGGCUACUGCUGGUCGGGUCCGCGCUGGGCCUGGCGUUGACGGGCGGCGGCGGCGACGACGCGGGCGCCGGCCCCGUCCCAGUCAAGCGCCUCGGCGCCAAGAUGAUCCUCGACACGGAUGCCGACCCCUUCUCCGAGCAGGCGGGCGUUUAUGAGGGGUCCGACGUCACCGCUGGUCCGGGAGGCGUACCGUGGGGGUCGGACCUGACCCAGGAGGCCGCCUCGCCGCCCGCCGGCGGCGGCCAGCAGCAGGCGCCGUCCGCGAUGGGCCCGGCGAACAUGUCGGCGGGCCACAAGUGCCCGGACAACGAGGAGGACGUCGCGCCCCUGCUCCUCGCGCCCGGCGGCUCGAUCCUCAAGGGCGAGACGGAGUCCAUCAAGUGUGACAUGGGCAAUCUUCGCUUUGAUCUGGAUCUGUUCAAGGCCGAGAUUUUUCAGAACAUGGCGUUCGUCCUCGAGAGUGUCACCAUUGUCUCUCACAGCGUCAACGAAACUAUGGUCAGUCUCAAAAACUCCGCCACCUCCUCCUACAGGUCCAUGCACCAGCAGGUGGACAAGCGGAUCUCAGUCGUUGAGCUCAUACAGUCUGGCCGCGCGCAGAGCGUCGCAGGAGAUUUUCCCCGCGCGUCGUUCUUCAUGGACAAUUUCAAUGGAGAGGCGUCGACCAAUUCGCGGCCGUUGGUCAAGAUCACGCCACUCGAGGGAGCUGAGCAGCCGCAGCUCGAAUAG